UUCCUUCGAUGUCUCAUCAAGUAAAGUGUGUUGCUGACAAUAUAACACAUCGACUGAUUUUUAACUGUUUGAAUGAGAUUCUGAUUCCGUAAUUUGCCGCUAACGGGUCCCGGCUGGUGCUGCUGGAGUCACGUUCCGUGUGGAAACAGGCGUGCGACCACAGGCAUUUCCCCCUGUCUUUGCUUGCGACUACCUCUGCUGAAAAAUGGAUUCAACGUUAAACCACCAGAGGUGUAAAAACAGCUCAUUUGAAAUGUCUUACUAGAAAGGUCACCUACUGAAACAAACUAUAUAGAGUAAUCAGACUAGUUGUGUUGGGUUUUACCAUACAGUACCAUUUAUUUAUAAAGCACAUUUCAAAAUGUCAUACCAGCUGACUAAAGCGCUGUACGAGCACCAGGAUACAUGGAGGGAAGGUUGGGUGUCGUGGGUCCAUAUCGUCUACUUGGAUUUUUAAUCCGAAUUCUUCCCAGUUUUCGACAGAAGCGUUUGCGGUUUGGUAUUUUAUUUUGAAGGGCAUUGUCGGCGGAAGGGCGGAUGUGCUAGCUGUUUGUAGCUCGACAGAGGCGGAGGGCAGCGGAUUCCGUUGGGAAGCUGUAGAUCACCGUCCGUCAGCCUGUUCUUCAUGGCUCUCUCGCUGCUGUCUCCAUAGGUUAACGGUGUCACCUCCGAGUUACAUCCGCCCGGCUUUUGCGCCAGUGUGGAUUUAAUGUGGCCUGAAAUAUGAACAGAAAAGGAAAAUAAGCAGUGGCGACUGGCUUCCUGCGGAAUUCUUCCCAGGCUUUUCGUUUCUUCCCCCCCGUGGACAUGUCUGACUUGUGGAGGAUAGCUGUGAGAGACUAGCCGGCGGACAGCUCGGCUAGCGCAUCAUUUCCAGGCUUUAGAUGACCGCUCGACUGCGGAGCUGAUAUAUUUUGGACCAGCGCUGCUUCCCUCCCAGGAGGAAGGAGUCAGCAUGGGGGAGCCCAGCCUGGACGACUCCAAUGUCAAGGUGGCUGUGCGUGUACGGCCCAUGAACCGGAGAGAAAAGGAGCUGAACACAAAAUGUGUUGUGGAAAUGGCAAAGAACCAGACAAUCCUCCAUCCUGCUGGAGGGAACCUUGGAAAAACCGACUCCAGGAAUCAGUCCAAGGUUUUUGCUUAUGAUUAUUGCUUCUGGUCCAUGGAUGAGACUGAUACGGAAAGAUUUGCAGGUCAGGAAGUGGUGUUCCAGUGCCUUGGGGAAAGCCUUCUCCACAACGCCUUCCAGGGCUACAACGCCUGUAUCUUUGCCUACGGACAGACUGGUUCGGGGAAGUCGUACACCAUGAUGGGUUCUGGGGACCAGCCGGGCCUGAUUCCUCGCUUGUGCAGCGCUUUGUUUGAACGAACCAAACUGGAGCAGCGGGAGGAAGAGAGCUUCACUGUCGAGGUGUCCUACAUGGAGAUUUACAACGAGAAGGUCCGAGAUCUUCUCGACCCUAAAGGGGGGAGACAAACUCUGAGGGUGAGGGAACAUAAAGUUUUGGGUCCAUAUGUAGAUGGCCUGUCUCGGCUUGCUGUUGCCAGCUACAAGGAUAUUGAGUCUCUGAUGUCGGAGGGGAACAAGUCUCGCACCGUGGCCGCCACCAACAUGAACGAGGAGAGCAGUAGAUCACAUGCUGUCUUCAACAUCAUCCUCACACACACACUCAAAGACCUGCGGUCUGGGACUAGUGGGGAGAAGGUGAGUCGGUUAAGUCUGGUGGACUUGGCUGGAAGUGAGCGAGCAGCAAAAACCGGUGCAGCAGGAGAGCGACUGAAGGAGGGGAGCAACAUUAACAAGUCCCUUACCACACUGGGUCUGGUGAUCUCGGCGCUGGCUGAACAGGGAACUGCUAAGAACAAAACCAAGUUUGUUCCUUACAGAGACUCUGUUCUGACCUGGCUGCUGAAGGACUGCCUGGGAGGCAACAGCCGCACAGCCAUGGUUGCAACCGUGAGUCCCGCAGCAGACAACUACGAGGAGACUCUGUCCACGCUGCGCUACGCUGACCGAGCAAAAAGCAUCGUCAACCACGCUAUUGUCAAUGAAGACCCCAAUGCUCGCAUCAUCAGAGAGCUUCGAGAGGAAGUAGAGAAACUGCGAGUGCAGCUGACCCAGGCAGAGUCUCUGAAAGCUCCGGAGCUGAAGGAGCGCCUGGAGGAGUCUGAGAAGUUGAUCCAGGAGAUGACGGUCACCUGGGAGGAGAAGCUGCGUAAAACUGAGGAGAUAGCACAAGAACGUCAGAAGCAGCUGGAGAGUCUGGGAAUUUCCCUUCAGUCUUCAGGGAUCAAAGUCGGAGACGAUAAAAGUUUCCUAGUAAACCUGAAUGCUGAUCCCGCCCUUAACGAACUGCUGGUGUACUACCUGAAGGAACACACGAAGGUGGGCUCGGCGGACUCCCAGGACAUCCAGCUGUGUGGGAUGGGCAUCCUGGCAGAACACUGUGUGAUUGACAUCACCGCGGAGGCUGCUGUCAUCCUCACCCCCUACCCCAGCGCGCGAACGUGUGUCAACGGUUCUCCUGUCACCAGUACUCUGCAGCUUCACCACGGUGACCGGAUCCUCUGGGGGAACAACCACUUCUUCAGGAUAAACCUGCCAAAGCGGCGCAUGCGAGGAGCAGAGGAGGAGGAGGGGGAAGGGGGUGUGAUGAAGAGCAGUGGCAGCAGUGAGCAGCUGGAUGCUGACGGAGACACAGCCAGCGAAGUGUCCAGUGAAGUCAGCUUCUCUUACGAGUUUGCACAGACGGAGGUCAUGAUGAAGGCUCUGGGCAGCAAUGACCCCAUGCAGGCCGUCCUCCAGUCCCUGGAGAGGCAGCACGAAGAAGAGAAGCGCUCGGCUCUGGAGAGACAGAGGCAGAUGUACGAGCAGGAGCUGCAGCAGCUCCGCAAGAAGCUCAAUCCAGAUCGUCUGUCUACGGGUCCGUCUGGAGGACAGACGCCUGGACAGCAGGGGCCAGGACAGCAGUCCCACUACCGCAGCCUGGAGAGGCUUAGCGUUGGAGGGAUGAGCCAUUCUGCCAGCAGACUGAGACAGUGGAGCGAGGACAGGGAGGCUGUGUUGGUGAGGAGUCUCAGGAGACUGAGGGAGCAAAUAGUGAGAGCAAACCUUCUAGUCCAGGAGGCGUGUUUUAUCUCUGCCGAGCUGGAGCGUCACACAGAGUACAGAGUCACCCUGCAGAUCCCGUCAGAGAACCUGAACGCCAACCGCAAGAGGGAUGCAGUGCUCAGUGAACCAGCGAUUGAGGUCAGAAGACGGUGUCGAGGGAAACAGAUCUGGAACUUGGAGAAGAUGGAGAACCGCCUGGUGGACAUGAGAGAGCUGUACCAGGAGUGGCAGGACUACCAGCACCACCAUCAGGACAAUCCAGCGAUGCGGUUGUACUUCCGGCGGGCGGACCCAUUCUUUGAUGAGCAGGAGAACCACAGCCUGAUCGGUGUCGCUAAUGUCUUCCUUUCAUGUCUCUUCUACGAUGUGAAGCUGCAGUACGCGGUUCCCAUCAUCAACCAGAAGGGAGAGGUUUCUGGGCGCUUGCAUGUAGAGGUGAUGAGAGUAGGAGGAGGCUUAGAGGAGAACAUGGCAGGAGGAGACGAUCCUGACAACAGCCAGGACUCAGGAUUUGAGGAUCGUAAACUGGUCUGCAUGAUAAAGAUCCUUCAAGCCACCGGUCUUCCUCAGCACCUGUCCAACUUUGUCUUCUGCCAGUAUUCUUUCUGGGACCAGCCUGAGCCCAUCAUCGUGGCCCCUGAAGUGGAUCAUUCAGCCUCGUCGCCCAGCACCAAGGACCCACACUGUAUGGUGGUGUUUGACAGCUGCAGGGAGCUGGCAGUGUCUGUGACGGAGGAUUUCAUCGAGUACCUCACAGACGGAGCAGUGGCCAUCGAGGUGUUUGGACACAAACAGUCUGAUGCAGGGAGAAAUCCGGCCCUGUGGGAUCUCAGCAUAAUUCAGGCCAAAACACGCACGCUACGGGACAGGUGGAGUGAGGUCACACGUCGUCUGGAGUUAUGGAUUCAAAUCCUUGAAAUAAAUGAGAAUGGGGACUUUGUGCCUGUGGAGGUGGUUCUGGCUAAAGAUGUGUGCACUGGAGGGAUCUUUCAGCUCAGGCAGGGUCAGUCCAGGCGAAUCCAAGUGGAUGUGCGUUCAGUUCAGGACUCGGGCACGAUGCCCCUGAUAGCAGAAAUCCUGCUCGCGGUAUCCGUGGGCUGCGUGGAGAUCCGAAACAGCUCAACCAAUCAGGAAGUAGACGAGAUGGACAGCUAUCAGGAAAGAGAUCUGGAACGUUUGCGGCGGCAGUGGUUAGCUGCUCUCACCAAGAGGCAGGAGUACCUCGACCAGCACCUGCAGAGCCUGGUUAGCAAAGCAGAGAAGACGGAGGAUGACAUGGAGAGGGAGGCCCAGCUGCUGGAGUGGCGUUUGACUCUGACUGAGGAGAGAAAUGCCGUGAUGGUGCCCUCUGCUGGCAGCGGCAUUCCCGGCGCUCCUGCUGAGUGGGCUCCUCUGCCUGGCAUGGAGACGCACAUUCCUGUCCUCUUCCUGGAUCUCAAACCUGAUGACCUCAGCUCCCAGGACCAGUAUGAGGUUCCUGAUGCAGGAGGCUGGGACGCAACCCUGAGUGGAGAAGACGAGGAUGACUUCUUCGACCUGCAGAUCGUCAAACACUAUGAUGGAGAGGUCAAAGCAGAGGCAUCAUGGGACUCUACUGUCCACGAGUGUCCUCAGCUGAGUCGCGGGGGGCCGUGGGCCGAACAGCGCGUCUACUUGACGGUUCGGGUGGUGGUGCAGCUCAGCCACCCUGCUGACAUGCAGCUGGUUCUGAGAAAGAGGAUCUGUGUGAAUGUUAACCCGGGUCGCCAGGGCUUCGCCCACAACUUCCUCAGGAGGAUGUCGACCCGCAGCACCAUACCAGGCUGUGGUGUCACCUUCGAGGUGGUCUCCAACAUCCCAGGGGACGCUCCAGGUUCAGAGGACAGGGAGAUGCUAGCCCGACUAGCAGCUAGCGCACACAACAGCCAGUCGGGUGAGGACGAGGCGGCCAUAGAGAAAUACCUCCGCAGCGUCAUGAAUCUGGAGAACAUCUUGACCCUGGAUAAGCUCCGACAGGAAGUGGCUGUGAAGGAGCAGCUAGCUGGCAGAGGGAGGAGCGGCAGGAGGAGUCUGAGCUCUCCUUCUGUUCACCGGCUGUCAGGAAGUAGACAGGACCUGUCCACCACUUGUCUGCUGGAAGAUAAGGGCCGAUGGGAGAGUCAGCAGGACAUCUUCAUGCCCUCUCAGCUUCACCGCACCCUCCCACGGCCGGCCUCAUCUCCAUCUACCUACUCCCCCUCCCCACCCUCCAGUGCCCCCCCACAGAACCAGGAAACAGAACAAGGUCGCUCAGGACUUGCUGCCUCUUAUCUUUCAGUUAAGGCGCUGGUUCCACAGAUGCCCAAGCUGCUCAAGUCUCUGUUUCCAGCUCGGGACGAUAAGAAGGAGCUGCGGCCUUCGCACAGCCAGCAGCAGCAUGUGGCGCGCGUCAUGACGUCAUCAGCAGGGGAGGAAAACCGGGUCAAGCCUGAGACGGCUGCUGUUCUACGGCCACCGGCCAAAGACAGACGGACAGAGUUUCCAGACGUCCCUCCUCUUCCUGUGCAUGACCCGCAUGACUCCGCCCCCCUCAGCCCCCUCAGCCAGUCGUCCAGCGGCUAUUUCUCCACUAGCGUUUCUACGGUUACCCUGUCUGACGUUCUCCAACCCUCCUCGUCAUCUUCCUCCCUCCUGGGUGCUGAGACCGCAUUACCCACAAACCCUCAGCAGCAGGGUGCUGACAGGAACGAUGUUGUGACCUCUCCUCCUCAGUGUGGCGCCUCCAUCGGCUCGACCAAUCACAACGUCACAGCAGAGCUCCCCUUCACCCAGCAGAAGCUGGUAAACUCAGGAGGAGGCGAAGGCUUCCACAAGCUGGAGAUCCUUGUGGAUGACGAUGAUAAGCGUAGUCAUGACAACGUGCUCCCUGACUGGCUGACAGAAGGCACAUACGUCACAGUAGGAAGCAGCAAGGCCGGGACGGUCCGCUACGUGGGCACCACGCAGUUUUCUGCUGGAGUCUGGGUGGGGGUGGAGCUAGAUACUCCAGUAGGAAAAAACGACGGCUCAGAUGGAGGUCAUCGCUAUUUCCACUGCAAACCGGGUCACGGUGUACUGGUCCGCCCAGAUCGGCUGUCCCGCCGAGAUCGGACCAGUCGGGACUUGCCUCCCUCCGCCCACAUUCCCAUCCUGAGAGGAGAAGCCAUCGUGACACGGAGAGCGGACAACCGCAAGUCCUGGAGCAGCUGAGACGAGCCAGAUCUGAUCCAGAGUCAGCCUUCAGCUGGACAC